AUGGCUUCAUUUGGUUUUCUGGAUGAUUUACUUCGUGAAUAUUUGCAUUAUCGUGGUUUUAAUUCAACGUUACGUAGUUUCGAAGUUGAAACAUUAAAAACAGAUAAAAUUACUAGUGGAAUUGGUGGUUUGAGUUUUCGAGCUGAUCGGAUCGUGGAACAAUUAACAAUGUACAUAAAUACAUAUGAUAUCAAUGCUUUAAUGGACUAUUGGCAAUUAAUUGAAAAUCGUUUGUUUAGUUUAGUUUUACGUUCAACACAACAACAACAACAAAAUAAUGGUUUAAAUAAAAUUCGUACAAAUCUCUAUCGUUGUUAUCUUGUUCAUGCGAUACAAUCAUCAAAAAAUGAUAAAGUAUUAGAAUUUUUUGAAAAGUUAACAAAAUCACUCCAGCAUUUGCCUGAAUGGAAAGAAUGGUUUGCGCUGCCAUUUAUCAAAAAUCCUGAUGAAAAUUCGACAUUUCAAACAUACUUUUCUAAACAGUGGAAUGAUUUAUUUUGGAUAUCAUUACAAAAUUUUCUUUCAAUGGCAUUUUAUCACAUGGCACCUCCAAAAUUAUGUUCAUUUGCAGACGAAAGCAGUAUUCAACAUUCAUCGAGCACAGUUGGCAAUAUUAUUGGACAAAUAAGUCAGACUAAUAGAGCAUCACUGCCAAUUUCAGCUCGUCUUGACCCGUCUGCGACACAAUUUCCUGAAGUUAUUGAUGGUUUUCGCCCUGGAUUGCCAGGACGCGGUCAAACAUCAACAUCCAAUACAUCAAAUACGAUAAUUUCAAAACUAAGAAGUAAUUUUCUUACAAAACCAAAUCAGAAUCGAGUAAAAACAAUCGCAGUGCCUACGGGACCUUCGACCGCAACAACAACAAUCACACCGAUUUCUACAAGUGCAACAACUUCUAGCACAACCUUAUUGUCGACGAAACCGUUCAGUGAAUCAACAGCGUAUACGGGCAAUAAAUUAUUAUUGGAUGACAGUACAUCUUUUACACAAAAGCAAGCAAUGGCAGUUGGAUCUGUGAUGAACGAUGAGGAUUCACUUCUAUUCAACAAUCCUUUUCAAGAGAAAAUAUUGGAUGAAAUUGAUGGACCAUUUUUUACCAAGAAACCAUUAUCCACUAAUGAAAUGAACGAAGGCCAGGAGAAUAUUGUGUAUUGUGCAGAGUUAAAAAAUCAUACAACAACAGUAAUCGAUUGCAAAUUAAAUGCAAAUUCAUCGAUGUAUUCAACACUCGAUGUACAAAGUCAUGUAAAAAUUUGGUCAUCGAUCGAAGACUUUAACAUACUUACAUCAUUGUGGUCGAGAACAUCGGCACUACAGUGUCAGUGUUGGGAUAGACAAAAUGCACUUUUACUUUAUCUUGGGACAUCUGUUUCAACAAUAAAAGUAUUACAUGUAUUAGAAAAGAAAAUCGUCAAUGAACAGAUUAUUGAUAAAAAUUAUCCAAGAGUCAUGUGUAUGCAAACAGAUCCCACUCAGGAUCGUUUAUUUAUUUCACUGGCCAGUUCAAGUCGACUGAAUACCAUGAUGAAUGUCCGAAAUCGUUCUGGUCGCGUUGUCAUGUUAGAUUUGACUAAAUGGUCUCACGAUCGUUUACUCGUUGACACGGAUGAUUCAUUUAUCACUUGUAUGAAUGUUGACAGAGAGCGACAGUUGCUCGUUUUAGGUGCUGAUGGAAAAUUAAAACUAUAUGAUUGUCGUUCUGGUACACAGACUCAUCAAAGUCAACGUCAUCAACGGCUUGUUCAAGACAUUCACUUUGGUCCUGCAGAAGACGGUCUCUUGUAUACAAUAGGAAAUGAUAAUACUAUAGUUCAAUGCAGUCUAUCUUCUUUUGAUAAACCAAUGCGAACUUAUGAGUUACCUUUUCAAGCUGUUGGUCCUUUUACACUCAAUGCCAGUAGUUCGAAUGCAUUGCAACGUACACCGUCAACUUCAUCACCACUCAAACUUUAUCCGUUGGGAAGUGUAUUUGCAUUUGAUCAUACAGACUACGAUACAAUAUUAACAUGUGCAGCAAAUAGCUCUUAUUUGUAUCGCUUAUCAACUUCUACUAUAAUCCAAAAAGUUGUUUUUGACAACAAAACAAGAGUGAACAAUUCUUCAGAUGAAUUAUCAACAAUCGGUGAAGAAGAACCUUCAACAUCCUGUGUACACUGGAAUGCUGAAAGUGACUUAUGCACAGUUGGAAAUACAAAAGGAACUGUACAUUUAUUUCGUUAUAAGAGAUCGUCAGACCUUCCGCAAUAA